AUGGACAAGGAUGUUGAAGAGUUUGUAAAGAAAUGUCCGGGCUGCCAGUUGGUAGGACAAGCGGAACCACCAGAACCUUUAAUGAGUACCGAGCUUCCAGAUGGUCUAUGGAGAUCGGUAGGAGUAGAUUUUCUGGGACCAUUACCAACAGGGGAUUACAUUCUCGUCGUUGAUUAUUACAGUAGGUUCUAUAAAAUAGACAUUAUGAGAAGUACAACAGCUGAUAGAACUGUACGUUCGCUAGAAGUUAUGUUUGCGCGACAUGGCUUACCGCAAGUCAUUGUCAGUGACAAUGGCCCACAAUUCAUAUCAGGAGAGUUUAGAGACUUUGUAGAGGUAAAUGGAAUUAAGCAUAAGAAGGUGACACCGAAAUGGGCACAAGCAAAUGGGGAGGUUGAACGUCAGAAUAAAUCAAUCUUGAAGCGACUUAAGAUAGCGCAUACUAUGAAGAAAGAUUGGAAACGAGAGCUUACACGAUACUUAGCUGUGUAUAGAACGACUCCUCAUCCCUCAACAGGCAAGACACCUGCUGAAUUGCUAAUGGGUAGGGCCUUAAGGACCAAAUUACCAGAAUUAGAGAGAGUGAUUGUAGACGAGGAGGUUAAAGAUAGAGAUCAGUUGAUGAAGUGGAAAUCAAGGCAGUAUACGGACGUGAAAUGUAACGCACGUCACAGCGAUGUUAGACAAGGAGAUAGUGUUCUUCUUCGCCAGGAAGCGAGAGACAAGUUCUCGACAAAGUUUGAACCUAGAGUGUAUGACGUAGUUUCUGGAUAUGGUAAUUAA